AUGAGCUCAACACAGAAGGACCAACAUGGAGCGAGAAGUCAGCGCUCUCAGGAGGCCGACAAACCUCACAGAAGAAAGAGAGAGAAAACAUACACCUGUGACGAGUGUGGGAAGGAUUUUACUGGGAAGACUAAACUAAAACACCAUCAGGUCAUCCACACUGGAGAGAGACCGUUCAGCUGUGACUUGUGUGGAAAGACUUUUUCCUGGAAGAAUGCUCUAAAAAAACACCAACUCAUCCACAGUGGAGUUAAAGCCUACAGCUGUGAUCAGUGUGGCAGAGCUUUUACUCAAAGUGGCCACUUACAGAGGCAUCUAGUUACCCACUCUGGAAUUAAGGCAUACAGCUGUGACAUCUGUGGAAAAACCUUCAGUCAGAGAGGGCACCGAAAUAUACACCUACGCAUUCACACUGGACAUGAUGUGUACUGCUGUGAUCAGUGUGGCAGACAGUGUACAACCAACAGGCAGUUAAAACGCCACAUGUUGACCCACACUGAGGAACGACCUUAUAAAUGUGACCUGUGUGAGAAGACUUUUAAAUCUCCACAUCACCUGAGACUACACCAACAGAUCCACACCAGAAAGAGACUCUACAAGUGCAGUUACUGUGAGAAGCAGAGCGACACAGAUGGAUCCAGUUCUCAACCCUGUCAUCACUGUGGUGGUGGGAAAGACUUUCGCUGUGACCUCUGUGGAAAAACUUUCAAUUGGCAAGGCAACCUAAGAAGACAUCAACGUCGACACACUGGAGACAAACUGAAAUACUGCAAAGAAUGUGGGAGAGGCUUCCCCACACCAACUGAGUUAAAAACGACAUGAACUGAUUCACAGUGGGGUUAAAAAGCACGUCUGUGAUCAGUGUGGGUCAUCCUUCACCACUGCAGUCACCCUUAAAAGACACAAACGAGUCCACACAGGAGAGAAACCAUACAAGUGCAGACACUGUGACAAAAGCCUCUCAUGUUCAAGUAGUCGUAACGAUCAUGAACGUACACACAUGGAAGGAAACUACAGCUGUGACCAGUGUGACAAGACUUUCAGGAAUCUCAGAUCAUACUCCAAACACAAACGAUCCCACGUUACUAAUAAACUGUUUCACUGUUACCAAUGUGCCCAAACAUUCACCUCAUUGUCUGCUCUGUGCAAACAUCAGCGUGAUCACUCAAGGCUGAAAUCACUCCCAUCACUGGAUCACAGUGAAUCUGAAGAGACAGAAAGAUCCUCUGGUUUCAGUGUCAGACUUAAAACCCUUGAGAUCAGGCUCCACAGAGUUCAGAUGGAAUCUCCUGUAAAGAUCUGAUGAAAAUGUUCCACUAGAUGGAUGUAUAAUCUCUUUUUCUGAAGGUUGCUCUCUUACUGUUUCUGCCAGUGCUGACUGCACAGAUGUAAUUCAGAUCCAUGUCACUGUUUGGAAGCAUCAGAGAACUGCUGAUGCUGGAAAGCUGCUGGUCAGUCUGAUGGGCUGUUGUGUUGUUGUUGGUGAUGCUGGAUGAAGGGCUGGUGGAGCAGGUGAGCUCAGGUUGAGGGUAGAUCCCGUCUGAGCUGCAGGUGAUCCUUUGUCCUACUUGUUGGAGAUUAACUUUACGGACUGGAGCUGGAAAAUAUCUAACAAUAAAAGAAAAAUAUAUUUCUAAAGAAGUCAGAAAGAGAUUUUGUUGUCACAAUUUUCCUUUUCUGUUUAUUUCAUGUUAACAUGAUUUAAUUGAACAAAAAUCAUGUAAACAUGAAUCUCAGACCACAGUAAAAUAUAACAUUUGUCUUAGUGUUUUGACACAGCAUUUCUAAAUACAGAUAAUGAUUAAUGAUGUAACAUGUCAUGUAUUCUUUAUGUAUUUGAAGUGUGAUAAAAUGACUGGAUCAGUCCUGGUGUCACAGACAGGCCUCGGGGCUUCAAACCUCAGAAAGUCCUUUUGGCUCUCAGCUGAAUUCCUCUGACACACUUUAACAACUAUAAGUCAAAGGUCAGAGGUCAUAUGAUUUGGUAAUGACAAUGCUGAAUAACCACAUCACUGAUUAGGUAUUGUAGUAACAACUCAGACUGUUAUAAUUAUUUAGUUAAUAAUACGAGUUCAUGAUGUUGUUUCAGGUUGUUUGUGGUUCAGUUUCUUGCGUAGGUUGUAAAUGUGGCAGCUUUAGUCUUUCCUGUCUUUUUAAAAAGAGUUUUGUUACCUUCCACGUUCAGGAUGAUGAACAUUUCACUGAUGGUGCUGGUGUGGCACUGGUAUCUCCCCUCAUCCUGAAUGUUCACCUCUGUCAGCUGGAGUGAGGCGUUUCCUCUGGAGACCUGAUCCUUGGAAAGUGAAGUUUUACUUCUGACUGAAUAUAUGAUCGAGCAGUUAUAUAAACAUGAAUCUAUCCACGGAGCUCCUCCUCGCCUGCUGUGCAUCCGUGUUCAGCAGCCUUUCAUCUGUUUCUCAGGUUUUGUAUAUUAAAUAGUACCUGCUUCUGGGGUUCGACAUGUUUCGGUUGUCUUAUUUUACGUAUAUAAUUAAGAUGUUGUGAAUAAGUAUUUCAGUUGUAUCCCGUAGUUGUUUGCUUGACAUCGAGCUUUAUCCAAGGAAAA